GUGUCUUCCGUCUUCGUUUGCUUUGUAAACGUUCCCAGCGCUGGUGUAUGUUAUUUCAAAAUGGUCAGCGUGGUCGCUACCAUCCUUUCGCCUCAGAAUUGGUCGGCCAGCACUUUGUUGCUGGUCGCGACUGUUGCCAUCUUUCUUUUUGUUCGCCUUUCGAAGCGUGCUGAUUUCCAUUCUGGCGCAUCAUGGACGGACAGGGGCGUGCCUUUCAUCGGCUCCCUACCCUUCUUUUCAAGGAGAGGCGAUUUCCUUAGAGAGGGCAAGGAGCGCAGUGCCAACGGGCACUUUAAUUUCUUCUUUGGACCGUAUCCUAUCGUCGCUAUCUCGGGUGAGGCUGCGCGGGCGGCCUAUUUUACUACUCGCGGGCUUGAUCUGAGCGCUGGAUUCAAAAAACUCUUUUCAGCAGGCCCUGAUGUUGAUAGCAUCCUGGGGCGUAACAUGGCCACCUAUUUCGUGGCGCUGUUCAAGCGCCUCACCGGAAAGGAACACUUGGUAAACUGUCUCCCCUAUCUUAACAAAGAUGCCUACGAUACAUAUUCCGCUAUUGAUACGUCUGCUCCCAUGGAUCCAUUCCUGGUUGUGCAUGAUCUCAUCUGCAAGAUGACGCAUCGUACCGUUGGCUGCCACGACGUCGCUGAGGAUCCUGUCUUACGGGCGAAGACGAUGAAGUACUAUGACAUGUUGGAUUCAAGUUCUGCUAUGAGCAUCAUGUUCCCUUGGCUGCCAACUCCUACAAAGAUGAACAAGCUUUGGGGAGGAGGUAAGCUGCACAUGUUGUUUCUAAACAUUAUCAAGGAGAGGAGAAGAACUGGUCGGAGAGCAGAGGAUACGGUACAGAUACUGAUGGACAAGGGUGAAACCGAUAUGGUCAAUGCAGCAUUCAUUAUUGGCGCGCUAUUUGCCGGCUUGAUCAAUACCGCCGUUCAAGCAGCGUGGAUCCUCUGCUAUCUCGCUUACGAUCCGAUCUGGUACGCCAAGGUUCAAGCCGAGGUCGACGCUGCCGUUGCCAAAUACCGAACCUCUGAAGGCCAGACCCCGGCUGAUGUCCUGCAAACGCUCUCUGUCGAGAUAUGGGAGUCUGAAUUUCCUUCUCUGGACUUGGGAGUGCAAGACAGCAUCAGGCUCAACCUCAUGGGAGCUUCUAUGCGCCAGAAUAUUUCCGGCAAGGAUAUCGUGCUCGGCGAUACGGGUGUUAUUAUUCCAAAGAAUGCAUUUGCAGUUUACAAUAUAUCGGAUGUUCACAUGAAUGAGACAUUAUACAAAAAUCCAGGAAGAUGGGACCCUGGCCGAUAUCUGUCCGAAAGAGGAGAAGACAAAAAGCAGCAGCAUGGAUAUAUUGGAUGGGGAUCUGGGCUGCACCCAUGUUUGGGCAUGAGAAUUGCGAAAAUGGAACUCUUUGUUUCUACGGCUACGUUUGUGGCAAUGUUCAACUAUAAAGCAGUGGACAAGCACGGGAACCCAAGGACCGAGCCGCUGCCAGGCUAUAAUUGCAAUGAUCUGCAGCCGAGGCGUAUGACUGAUACAAUCUAUCUCAAAUGCGAAUCCAGAUUCUAGGUCGGAAGCGAACUGAAUGAUGAUUAAUCAGGAUGGUUGGUAAGCAAAUGCGAAUGUGAGAUGAUGAGAAUGGAUUCUUCUACUGCUGGUGGGAUUGUCAUGAAAAUGCAUCAUGGAUAUCAGUUAUAGCGCAAUGUACUCGUUUCAAGUAAUGAAUUGAUUCUAUGGCAUUAUGUGC